AUGGUGCCACAUGGGUUCAGGUUCAAUCCCACUGAUGGAGAGAUCAUCCAAAUCCUAGACAGAAAAGCUUCUGGCCAAGAAAUGCCACUCCAUUUCAUUCUUGAAACAAAUGUUUAUAAGCUUGAACCACAGGAUCUUGAAUGGAACCAAACCACAGCUCUAAGCAAUGGCGAGAAAUACUACUAUUGUAAGAGGGUAAUAAAUGAUUCAAGGGAAGUACAUGGUCGAGGAUGGUGGAAAGCUACAAGUCAUGUCAAGAAAGUGUAUGCUAAUGAUCAUCAACUAAUUGUUGGGAACAAGAGGCCUUUAACAUUCCAUCGGUUCAAGGAUGAUAAAAGAAACCGCAAUAAUGCCAUCAAGACCAAUUGGAUCAUGCAUGAAUAUAGCCUUGAAUCAAGAACUACGGAGUGGAGGCUUUGCAGGAUUAAAUAUAAGGGAAAACCAAGUGUGCAAGAAGAGAUAGAGAGUAUUAAGAAACUAUAUUCAUCGAGAAAUGAAUUCGAAGCCGGUAGUUCGACCAAUUUUGUUGGCGGGCAAGAGCAACAGCAGGAGGAACAAACUUUUCUGCCUGCAAAUUCAACAGUGCCAAUGGGGUAUAAUGGGUAUGAUCAGCAACCUCAUGAUCAAUGGAACAAUAUGCAGCAGCUACCACCAUCUCCAUAUCCUCCUUGUCUACCGGCAAUGAGUACUAGUAUCGGUGACUAUUGUGUUGACGUGCAAGAGGACUUAGGGAUCACUGAUGAGCAGCCAUUUCCUAGUCUUUGGUCUUGGACGAACUAG